AUGGCACCCGGGCAGGUGUGCACAAUCCUCUCCCAGUGCCGCAGGAGGCUGCGGGAGGCGGGGAUGUGCCGGUGGUGGUACCACCGGUUGUGCUGGUGGACACCACUGCCUCCGCGGGACGUGAGGCUGGAGGCACAAAACUUCCACGUCUUCCUGUGGUGGGAGCCGGACCUUGGCUCGCCUGGUGAUGCCACUUACGAGGUGGAGUGGAGGAGAGGAGCAUUCCACUGGACCAAAGCCUAUGCCUGCUGGGGGAACAGCACCAGCUCCUCCUGGAUGUGUGAGCUGUAUUUUGACAAGAUCCACGAUAUCUACUGGGCAAGAGUGAGAGCAGUGGCCAGAGGCCAGCUGUCCAAGUGGGCCUAUUCCAGUGAGCUACAGCCAUACAGAGACACAAUCAUGGGCCCCCCAGCAUUGUCCUGGCUGCUCCAGGGUGACAUCCUCAGUGUAAACAUCACACCACCACUGACUCCCUUCCGGAGGAAAAAUGGCUCCUACAGGCCAGUGGACAGAGUGCUGUGGGAGCUGUGGUACCAGCUGAGCCUGCACGAGGGGAAUGUCACCCUCCAGCAGGUGCCUUGCAAACAGAAUGGGAAGGAAGUGCCCUGUACCUUCACGCUCCUGAAGCCCAGCACGCAGUACUGCAUCCGGACAGUGGCCAUGGGCAUGGCCCAGCAGCGGAUCCGAGAGGCUGAGCAGUGCCUGGUGACUCCAGCAGGCCCUGCAGGCUUUUCCUGGGUCCUCCUUGCCAUGCUGAGUUGUGUGUUUCUGCUGAGCAUGACUGGGCUCUGCUUCAUCCAGCUGCAUGUCCUGCUAAGCACCUCAGAGAUGCACCUCCCAAAGGCACUGGCCGUCUUCAACAGGGACCUGAGUGUGCCCAUCAGGGUGCCCACCCUUCAGCUCAAGGAGGACUCUCUCUCCUUUCUCCUGCCAUCUGUGCUCCCCUCCCAUGGGUUGCAGACAACACCCACUGCUCAGCUGCUCCCAGGGACAAGCCUUUCUCAGGACCUGGGUGGGUACUGUGCCAAUGGGUUCAGGCCAGACCACCAUGAGGAAAGGAACCUAUCCUGCACCUUCACCCAGGUGGGUCAUGCCUUGGGCUCCCAAGUUUCCUUGCAGCUGGAGAAAGGUGAGGAGGCACACAAUGAGGAUGAUGUCCUGGAGCAGCCAGUGCCGGUGGGACUGACCAGAGACUGCUCCAUGGGUGACAGGGACUACCGGACCUCCAAGAUGUGGCUCUCCUUGCACCUCCAGCUUUAUUCUAAAUGCCAGUGCCCAGCCCUGGGAUCAGGAGGCUGCCUUCCUCUGCCUGCAAUGGGCAGGAGCCUCAGCCAGGAGGACCUGCAGGAGAGCCUUGGCAUGGCAGGGCACUGCAUACCACUCAGCUCUGUGAGACUGCCAGCCCACGAGGAGGAUGACAGCGGGCAGCUGAUCCACGCUCUCCAGCAUGACCACAGAACUGAGCUGCAGCCAGGUGACAGCACUGUGCAGCAGGACAACUUGGAGCCAGCAGCACCGGGCACCUCCAGCCCCUGCCAGCUGACCCAGCUGCCCGCUGCCCGCCCACAGGUGUCAGCCUUCUCUGGCUAUGAGCUGUGUGUGCCAGCGGACAGGACGCCAUAG